GCCAAGAUAGGAUGCAGUUGUUUGGAAGCAGGAACCUGACCCUGAUAAGAUGGCUUAUAAAGAAGAGACUUGGAUGCUGAUGGCUGUUGAGGAGGCCUGGAGAGACGGAGAAGAUUGACAGAGGUAGAUAUAGAUGAAGCGGCAGUUGGAAUGUGUAGAUGACCAACGACUGCCGUCCACGCCUCAGGUCCAACCACAUCCUGAAGUACGCGGACGACACCACAGUAGUUGACCUCAUCCGGGACAACAACGAGGCGGCCUACAGGGAGGAGGUGCGGCAUCUGGUGGACUGGUGCAGAGGGAACAACCUGAUCCUGAACGUCAAAAAGACCAAGGAGAUUAUCAUCGACUUCAGGAAAUCCAGACCCACCCACACACCCCUCCUCAUCAACGACUCAGCUGUGGAGGUCGUCAGCAGCACCAAGUUCCUAGGGGUGCACAUCACUGACAACCUCAGCUGGUCACCCCACAUCUUCUCACUGAUGAAGAAGGGCCAACAGCGCCUGCACUUCCUGAGUCGGAUGAAGAGAGCAUCCCUCCCGCCCCCCAUCCUUCAAACCUUCUACAGAGGGACCAUCGAGAGCCCUCUGACCAGCUACAUCUCCAUCUGGUCUGGGAGCUGCAGGGCCUCUGACUGGAAGUCUCUACAGAGGGUGUUGAGGACAGGGGAGAAGAUCACCGGGGCGCCGCUCCCCUGCAUCAAGAACAUCACGGACAGGCGCUCCCCAGAUCCUCACCGACCCCAACCACCCCAACCAUGGACUGUUUUUCCCCCUGGCGUCCGGCAGAAGGUUCCGCAGCAUCUUCUGCAGAAGGACCAGACUACUGAACAGUUUCUUCCCCCUGGCCAUCACACUCUUAACGCCACAUAA